UACUCCCCCUGGCGGUUGUUUAACGAUGCAGCAGCUCUCCGUCUGUACAGCGGUGACAGACGGCGAGGGGGAGGUAAAGAGCUGGAAGCUCAGGAUCCUUCAUGAGAAAAGAAGAAAAAGAGACCGAGUCACGGCUUCAGUUCUCAAAAGCAGUAUCCUUUUGUGUGAUCCGUGCCCGGGAGCCCGAGGAGGGGGCUGUGUCAGCGUCUGUAUGAUGUCCCGACAUGAAGGUGUCAGCUGUGAUGCGUGUUUGAAAGGAAACUUUAGGGGACGCAGAUACAAGUGUUUAAUUUGCUACGACUACGACCUGUGUGCAUCGUGCUACGAGAGCGGAGCCACCACCACCAGACACACGACAGAGCACCCCAUGCAGUGUAUAUUAACCAGGGUAGAUUUCGACUUGUAUUACGGUGGGGAGGCUUUCUCAGUUGAGCAGCCGCAGUCCUUUACCUGUCCGUACUGUGGAAGAAUGGGGUACACAGAAACAUCUCUACAGGAACAUGUCACUUCAGAACACGCAGAGACCUCCACAGAAGUGAUCUGUCCCAUCUGUGCAGCGCUACCAGGAGGUGAUCCCAAUCAUGUGACAGAUGACUUUGCUGCACAUCUCACACUCGAACACAGAGCACCUAGAGAUUUAGAUGAAUCGAGCGGAGUUCGGCAUGUGCGCCGGAUGUUUCACCCUGGCCGGGGUCUAGGGGGGCCACGGGCACGCCGAUCCAACAUGCACUUUACCAGCAGCUCCACCGGGGGGCUCUCCACCUCCCAGAGCUCCUCCUACUCUCCAAGCAACAGGGAAGCUAUGGACCCCAUCGCAGAGCUUUUAUCGCAGCUGUCGGGCGUGCGGCGCUCUGCGCAGCUGAACUCGGCCGGUCCGUCUGCGUCGCAGCUGCAGCAGUUGCAGAUGCAGCUGCAGCUGGAGCGGCAGCAGGCGCAGGCGGCGCGGCAGCAGCUGGAGACGGCGCGCAACGCCACGCGCCGCGGUAACCCCGGCAACAUCAGCACCACCGUCACGCAGACCAGCAGCAACGCCAACCCCGCCCCCUCCGACAGCGCCCCGCCCGCCUCCCACAGUUCCCAGUUCCUCCUUAGCAGGCUGAACGAGCCCAAGAUGUCGGAGGCGGAGCGGCAGGCGCUGGAGAGCGAGCGGGCCGACCGAAGCCUCUUCGUGCAGGAGCUGCUGCUGUCCACGCUGGUGCGCGAGGAGAGCUCCUCCGACGAGGACGAGCGCCGGGACUUCGCCGACUUCGGGGCCAUGGGCUGCGUGGACAUCAUGCCCCUGGACGUGGCCCUAGAGAACCUGAACCUGAGAGAGAGCGGUCGAGGAGGCAAGGAGCCCCCCGCCCCGCCCCUUUGAUGACAUCACACCUCGCAGACAGUGUCCAGUGCUGUAACUGCCAGUGAGAGUGGACAGCAGUUUUUUUGUUUGGGUUUGUUUUUUGGUGAUUGUAAUUUCAGGUGUCACCCUUAAUACAUUGUGUACAUUCAUAAGAGGCCGAGUGAGAGAGAGAGAGAGAGAGAGACAGAGAGAGAGAGAGAAACAUAUAUAUAUGACUAUAUAAAAAUUGAUAAUCAAUUCCACAUAACUAAUUUUUUUUUACUUUAGCAGGUAAAUGUAGGUAACGGUGGCAGAAGUUGCUCCUGAUUUAAAAAAAAAAAAAAAAAAAAAAAAUACUCCACAUUCAGAAGAGGAAACUCCCCAUCUCUAAUGAAGCUGCUGUCUGUAUUUAUCAAUAUUAAUGAAUAAAAAGUGCUUGGAUGGUUUACCAUAACUAGUGCAUGAGGCUACCACAGCUCGCAUGAGUUUUAAUGGCUUUGUCAUUGAAAACCCAAAGCUUUCUUUAACUGUUUUUAAAGGUUACUUGAAAAGGAUUUUGAAUCAGAUAUAAAAAAUAAAAAAAACAAUUGAGGAAUAUUUUUAUUUUAAAGACUAUAUCCUGCACCUACAGUAGCUUCUUAAUGCAAUGUGUUCAUCCCACAGCAGGAAUCCCCCCCCCCCCCCCUCCUCUGUGAUGUCAUGACUGGUCAGGUGACCCCAGUCUCCUGUUUGUCUACGGUCCUCUCAGUUGUGUGCUGCCAGGAGGUGGCGCUGUUGGUGAACUUGUGAACUGCCAUGAAAAAAAAGAAACACACUCACACACACACACAAACCCAGUUUGGAGGCCCCUGAGGAACUCUUUGAUAGAAAAAAAAAAUCUAAAGUAUGGAAAACAAACACAUUGCUUAUGACGUCAUAUAUUGUGCUGUUUUAGUGAAAAGCUGUUUGGACACCAAAUGUAGUUUUACUCAUGCACUGGUCCUGACAUUCUUCCCAUCCUGCCCCUUCUUGAUUUUUUUUUGUAUGUUUGUUUUUUUUUUCCCCUCCUCUCAUUGGUUAGACUCUCCAGCUGAGAGGUACCCCAGCUCCAGGUGUAAGGGGAGGGAUGCAGGUGUUUAAAAGAAAGACUAUUGCUCUCUGCUAACAAUGGCACCUUCUAUUUAUUCUGAAUUUUGUCUGACAUGAUUGUUUUGAAAGCCUUGUGAUUGAAUCAUGCCUUCAUGCCUAUACUCCUCUGUAAAAUACAAUGAGAUGUACAUUGAAUUUGUGCGUUAACUUUCAUAAUGGUUGAAGGACAUGGGCGGACUUUCUUUUUUUAAAUGUAAAUUUAGAAUACAAUAAAACCUGCACACGGCUUUUGAUGAAACA